UAGCGCGUCACAGCAGGAAUACUGUACAGCCGAGCCGAGGCGAGGUGCGGAGCGGAGCUCAGGAGACAUGAGCUCAUGAAGAGCUGUCAGUGUUAUUUGUUUAGACCCCCCUCCAUCAUGUCGAUCUCAUCGUGGGUCUGUCUGCUGCCCCUGAUCUUCUACACCUGCUUAGCAGUGGGAGCAAAGCCGGCAUCUCCUCAGAAUGUCAAUGUCCUGAGUCUGAACACAAACUACACUCUGACCUGGGACUGGGACUACAACUCUUCAGACGCUCUCCCCGUCUCCUUCACCACAGAAUACAUCCCAAACAGGAGGUUCAAACUGAGCUCAAAGAGGGUGGUUGUGUGGAACAUGGCGUGUGAGGAGUCACCACGCAGGUCAUGUGACCUGACACCGUUGGACCUGCACUACCUGAGCAUCUUCAUCCUGAGAGUCCGAGCCAACGUGAACGGGAGUCACUCAGACUGGGUGCAGAAGAAGUUCUGCCCCGAUACAGAUGCUGCUGUGGGUCCUCCGUCCAAAGUUGAUCUAGGUCCUGCAGGAGGACACCUGGAUGUCUUCAUAUCUGACCCUCUAACCAGUGCCAACAUCUCCAUGAGGGAAGAGCUGCAAGAGCUGUACUACCACAUCCUGUACUGGGAGAAAUCUGAGGACACACAGGAUUUGAGGAGUCGCUCUUUAAACAGCAGCGUGAAUAUGGUGACCCUGCCUAACCUAAAGUCCUGGACCUGGUACUGUGUGAGCAUCCAGACCCGCUACGACUUCUACAACAAGUUCAGCAGCUUCACCAACCCGAUCUGCAUGCAGACUCAAGGGACCCUCCCCUGGUGGCAGAUCGUCCUGUACUUUCUGGCCUCUCUUCUGGUCUUCUUUGUCCUCAUGCUGUUGAUUCUCUGCGGUUCCUUCUGGUGCUACAGGAUCGUGAAGUUGACACUUUACCCGCCCAUCCACCUGCCCAAACACUUCCAAGAGUAUCUCCAAGACUCCCCCAGCUCUGAUGUCCCCCGCCUCCUCACCCCGGACUCUGAGUCAGAGCUCCUGUGUGAGGUGACUGUCUGCCCAGAGCCCCUGGUCCUGGAGGUCCACCAACCACCCCCUGAGGAUCUGGAGGAGCCCCACCCAGACCUGGAGCCCGACAUCAGACACAGUCGACAGGACAGCGGCGGGAGCAACGACUCAGGAAUUUACUCCACAGGAGGCAGCUCCGGUCUGAGGCCAUGCCCCUCACUGUCCCAUGAGGGGGGCCGAACCUCCUGUCAGGACAUUUAUGACCCCCAGCAGGUAAAAAUGAAGGACAUGACCCCGGGGAUCAGGAGUCAGCUGAUCAUAGACGAGGGCGUUCUCGACAUGAGUGUGUGACGAGGAUUAUGAGGAGGAGGAAGAUGAAGCGGGGGUGAAAAGGAUGAAGGUGUGAAUAUGUUAAAUGUGAUGAGUUGUGCAGCGUGCCUUCGUCUUAGUCUUCGUCGUGAUCAGAGGAUCUAAAAACUUAUAAUGAAGAGAGAGACGCCCACCGAGCACGCUCCACUGCCGUGUGGACAGGUGCUUCAGGUGAUCAAGCAGGAAGUGAUGUAACAUGUAGUGCAGCCUGUGAGUGAUUGGCAGCUGAUCUCUGUAGGUGCUGUUUGUCUCACAGUCAUAUUUACCUUGUUAGCAUACGUAGCUUACAGCAUGAGUAGACCUCCAUCCAUCCAUCCAUCCAUCCUACACGCAUGUGUGUAUAUGUGUGUGUUGUCAUGCUCUCAUUAUGAUUCUUAUAGAAUCUGGGAUGUCAGUUAGGUCGUUUUUAUUUGUAUGUUUUGUAUGUUUUUUUUUUUUUUAUUAUGUUCUGUUUUUUAUAUUCCUGAAUAUUAUCAUCAUGUUUCUCUGCAUCAUGUAUGACUUCACACUGUACAGUUUCUUCUCUGUGUUCUUAUACAGUCUAUUACAACUCUGUCAUUUUCAUGGAGUUAUAUUUGUGCCCAACUCCUGAGCAAGCAGCGAGACAACAUAAUGUGUGAGCAGAGAUGAGAUUCAUCAAGAUACAUCCGGAUUUCCAUGGGAAGGGGUGAUUCUCAUAAAUCAUGAAUAUUUGUGUAAAAAAAUAAAAAAGAAUAAAAAGAGGUUUUGACACAAUUUUCAAAGAAAAGGGGUAAUAGGCUGUUGAGCUCUAUCUCUCUCUCAACUUUGCCUAAAUGCUCGCUCAACAUGGCACAGCCUCCCAUUUGGAGACAGAGGAAGGUACAUUCUGAUUGGCUGCCUCUCCUCUGUAUUGGGUGCAGUCUAACCUCACUUCUGUUAAGCUGAAACAGCCACACCCUCAAAUAUACAGAAUCUCAUUUUAGCCUGUAAAAUGUUUGUUUCCCUGCUCAUAAUCUCAGGGUUUAGGUACAAAUAUGAACCCUUACAAAACGUCUUUAUUAUCAAUGUGUGGGCGACAUUUAGAGACAACCAGUGAUGUGACUUAAACUUUAAAUAAACUUUAUUUAACCCUGUCACAGAACAGAACAAAGAGCCUUAAAAGAGAGCAUACUGGACUUCAUGAAUAAUUCAUUAUUUAUCUUGUAGAAAAAAUGACUUCCUGAUGUUUCAUUGACAGGAUUGGACGUCUCAGUCUCCUCCACAUGCUGCCUAUUGUCAUAAUGAAAAUUGUGUACUGCUCUGGUUUUAAUGUAAAACAUACAACUUUAAUAAAUCACCUCGACACAGAGCUUCA